AUGGCAGUGGGGAGGAAGAGCUGGCUGUGGGACCAGGUGCGGUCAGGUGUGGAGGCUGGGUGCUGUGUCCCUGCAGGUGAGGAUGCCGUCAGCACCCUGGGCCUGAUCCUGGGCGUGGGGCUCUCGCUGCUGCUCAUGUCCAUCCUGGGCUACAGCCUGGCCAAGUGGUACCAGCGCGGGUACUGCUGGGAGGGGCCUAGCUUUGUCUUCAACUUGUACCAGAUCCGGCACCUGAAGGAGUUGGAGAUGGCCCCCCCCUUCACCAUCAGCGGCCACCUCAGCGGCCCAGACGACGGCCACCUGCAGUUCUCCAGCAGGCUCAUCUGA